UCAAAAACAGCUUGAUUUUGGAUGUAUAUUUUGAAAUAGAUACUUUAUUCAAAAUUUCAACACGUACUAAUCUUUUGGACACCAUCCAAGUAUACCAGACCUAAAAAUCAGCUGUUUUGUUACUAUGCGUCCUCAAAGCAGAUUAUACCAACGUUAUAUUAUUCCUAGUGCCAAUGUCGGUGUCAUUUGGCAUCAUAAACUAUACCUUACCACCCAGUAAACAAGAUAUUUUUAAAGUGCCGCGGCUUGCUAUUGAAAACAUGAAGAUUAUCUGGGAAAAAUUCGCUCGAUAGGAUAAAUGAGGCGAUUAUAGUGAAGAUGAAGGAACCCAAACUGGCACAGCAAGGGUAUCUCCACAAGGAUCUAUAGAAGAAGUACUACAAUAUCCUAAAGCGGUUUUGCCACAACCAGAGCCUAUGGCGAAACAAGAACCUCUGCCUGCACCUCGCCUUGAACCAGAUCUGGAACCAGAACCAGCAAUAGAACCAGAACCAGAACCCGAACCAGAACCCAUUGAAAUACCACCACCAGCUGAUGAAUAAUAGUGUCAUUUUAUUAUAUUUUUUAUUCAGAAUGUUUCAUUCGAGUGAAACUUUUUUAUCUUGAUACCAUUACUUACUAACAUUUUUGUAUCGUGCGUUAUUUUCUACUUUUUAUUUGCUAUUAAAAAUGAAAAAUUAAAUGUAAUUUCGUUCACUGCAAGGUGUACAAAUUUACAUUGUUAUUGCUAUUGAAUAUAUAGUUUAGUGAAAACACUAUUGCCUCUUGAAUAAUCCACCACUGGGGAACGUUACCUGCCACAAUCGCCGAAGAUGAUGGGGGCAAAGGGGGUAAAGGCGGCAAAGGCAGCGGUGGUGGUGCGGCGCCCAGGGGAGGAGACGCUAAGGGGGGUGGCGGUGGUGGAAGUUCAGCCGCUGACGAGAGGAGCACUGCCGGCCCAACAGAAGUCGUACCAUCGACCAAAUGAAACAUUAAAAUCUUGCAAGCCAAUUAAAGAAAACCCAAUCAAAUCUGAAAAAAUGUCCUAAAACAAGACUCACAAAAGGAUGUAUAGAGAGUAAAUUAGAAUGCAUACAUGAAUAUUGGGAGAAAUUUCUCGAGGCACAUUCAUCAUUGAUUCAAGAAACGGACAUAGAAAAGCAUGACAAAAUCCCGUAUUUAGCCAAUGAGGAAUUUGACAUAAUCGAAGAACUUUAUUUAUGUAUCAAAGGCGAUUUGAAAGAUAUGCUGGAAAAGUUAAUGCCGACAACGGUAUCUUCGCGUAGUUCUCCUCAACAUCCCUCGAAUUUAAGCUGUGCAAAGUUACCAAAAAUAGAACUUCCAAAAUUUUCGGGGAAAUAUGAAGAAUGGGCUAAUUACGACGAUUUAUUUUCAUCGCUUGUAGACAACGACAAUUCACUGAGCAAAGUGCAAAAACUACACUAUUUGAAAGCGAGUGUCACUGGUGAGGCUGAGGCAUUAUUAAGGCAUAUUCAGGUGACUGAAGCUAAUUAUGAUCAAGCACGAGGAAUUCUUAAGAAUCGUUACGCGAAUAAACGCCUAGUUGUGAAUUCUUUACUCAAACGUUUAUUUGGACAAAAGAAAUGUGCUAGUCAGACUGCAACUCAAAUCAAGAUGCUUCUAGACACUACCGAAGAAUGUUUGAAUGGCCUUAUAAAUGAAGGAAUAUCUACUACUUCGUGGGAUCCAGUUAUUAUUCAUCAUGUGGUGCAAAAAUUAGAUUUCGAGAGUCAUAAGUCAUGGGAAGAACACGCUUAUAAAUUGAAACCUAAUGAAUUACCUAGUUGGCGUGACUUGAAACAAUUCCUAGAAGGGAAAUUUAGAACACUGGAGCUGGUUACUAACACAAACAAUCCGAUAACUUCCAUCACAAGAGAGAAGACUCAAGCAUUUAAGGGCAAGUCAUUUCACGUAGCGGCCGCAGCAACAUCUUCGGUCCAGACCUGUAUUAACUGUAAUGAAGACCAUACCUUAAGUCACUGCAAGGUAUUUGGUAAACUGCAGCCGCGGGAAAGAAGUGAAUUUGUAAGAAACAAAAGCCUAUGCUUCAAUUGUUUAGCUGAAGGUCAUUCAGCAUGGAAAUGUCGUUUGCCAGUUACCUGUCGUAUCUGUAAGAGAAAACACCACACUUUGCUUCACGAAAAGAGGGAAUCCCAAACUACAGACAAUGUACAAACUCACCACAGCCAACUUGAUGACACAAAAGAUGAACAACAGGAAGACGAAGAAACAAACGACGCAAUAGCAACUCAUUUCACAGCGAAGAAGUCUACAGCUUUGCUCGCUACCGCAUUGGUCCCUGUAAGAGAUGAGAAAGGAUAUGUAACAAUAUUGCGCGCGUUAGUAGAUCCGGGAUCCCAAGCUAAUUUCAUUAGCGAAAGAGCAACUCAAACAUUAAAAGUAAAGAGAACAUUGGCUAAAGGAAACAUCACAGGUGUGGGUUCAACCAAGACUACAGUUAAGCACGUGGUACAGCUGGAACUUUUAUCCAAUCAUGAGGAUACGUUCAAGCUCGGUAUGAAAGCCUAUGUUAUGGCCACACAAUUGACCACACACCUGCCAACAAAGACUAUAAAGAUACCAUCAAACAAUUGGACACAUUUACGAGGACUCACCUUAGCUGAUCCCAACUUUAAUGAAGUAGGAAGAAUCGACCUUCUUCUUGGUGUUGAAGUUUGUUCCCAAAUUUUGAAGAAUGAAUUAAUCAAAGAUCCCCUAGGUUCACCAUGCGCUCAAAACACACACCUUGGUUGGAUCUUAUUUGGAGCAAUACAAAACACAUCUUCCUCUGAAGAAAUAAUUGUCAUGCAUCAUCAGCUAGACUUAGACAACAUGCUGAAGAACUUUUGGGAAAUAGAGCCUGACACAAAGAAGAAAUAUACAAAGGAGGAAGAGAGAUGUGAACGUCUAUUUGAAGAAACAUAUAGUAGACAAGAAGAAGGGAGAUACGUGGUAAAAUUACCAUUUAAGACUGAUAAUCCUCAAUGUCGAAAUGGAAACACUAGAGAGAUAGCUAUUAGAAGAUUAGAACAAAUAGAAAGAAGAUUUAGGAAGGACAAAUUAUUGAAGGAAGAAUACACAAAAGUAUUUGAAGAAUAUAAAACAUUAAAUCAUCUAGAAGAAGUUCCGGAAAAUGAAAAGAACAAUCCAGCAGUAUAUCUUCCUCACCACGCAGUGAUAAAACUAGAUAGGGAUACGUCUAAGGUCCGGAUAGUGUUUGAUGCAUCAUCAAAAGGUUCAAAUCACGUAUCUCUUAACGAUGAACUGAUGGUUGGACCACAAAUACAGGAAGAUAUGAGAUCGCAUAUUAUAAGGUGGAGAAUGAAACGAGUUUGUUUUACGGCAGAUGUCCAAAUGAUGUAUAGGCAAAUUUUAGUAACAAAAGAAGACGCAGACUUUCAACGCAUCCUCUGGCGAGACUCCACUGGAACAAUAAAAGACUAUCGCCUUUUAAGAAUUACUUUCGGCACAGCUUGUGCUCCUUACUUGGCGGUGAAGACGCUCCAACAAAUCGCAAAAGAUGAAGGCAAGGAACAUCCAGUGGCAGCAAAAACGAUCCACGAAGACUUUUAUAUGGAUGACCUGAUGUCUGGAUCAGAUACUGUGCCUGAAGCUUUAGACACAGCGAUGAAUAUAGCUGAAAUUCUUAAAAGAGGAGGUAUGAAUCUACAAAAAUGGACAUCUAAUAGCUCAGAAUUUCUUAAACAGAUUAAGCCGUCUAACAGAAGUAUAAAAGUAAAAUUAGAUAUCAAGUUAGAUGAGAUGACGAAAGCACUUGGAGUUUCCUGGAAUAUGGGGGAAGACGUGUUUCAGUAUCAUUUUCAGUUGCCUUAUUUAGAAAAAGUCAUAAAUAAAAGAUCUAUAUUAGCAGAGAUCCAACGCCUCUUCGAUCCGCUCGGUUGGCUGGCCCCUGCAUUGCUUCCUGCAAAAAUAUUAAUACAAAAGUUAUGGUUAAAAGGAGUCGGCUGGGAUGAUGAUCUCGAUUCUGAAACAAAAGAGGAAUGGAUUAAUAUAAGAAAUAGUUAUGAACACCUAAAACAAAUAAAAUUAAAGAGAUGGAUGAACACUACUCAAGACAAUUUAAAUGAGGUCACUGUGCAUGGGUAUUGCGAUGCGUCUAAUAAAGCUUAUGGAGCAGUUGCUUACCUUAGAGCCCGAACUGAUGAUGGAAAUUUUAAGAUAAGCCUCAUCGCUGCUCGAACAAGAGUUGCGCCAGUUAAGCCAGUAUCUUUACCGAGGCUGGAAUUGUGUGGUGCAGUUCUCUUAUCGCAAUUGCUGAAACAAAUUAGUGAAGCUACUCGUAUACCUAAAGAUCAGUUUUUUGCAUGGACUGACUCCACGAUAGUUUUAGCAUGGUUUGGAUCCGAUUCGAUGGCAAACUUUCGUCAGAAAUAGAGUGAUUACAAUUUUAGACAACAUUGGAAACAAAUGGUAUCAUGUCCGAACUGAUGAGAAUCCCGCUGACCUGGCUUCUAGAGGUUUAUUAUGGUGGCAGGGACCAAACUGGCUGAAGAAUGAAGAGCUACCUGUGAAGAAAAUGAACAACUUAAUAACAGAAUUAGAGAUAAGAAGAGAUAUAUUAGUAAAUACUAAAGUACAAGAUAAUUAUAUAGAAGAAGAUAAAGAUGAUAAAGAUUUAUUACUUACCAAAUUCGAAGAUUUUGACACGUUGAAAGAACUGUUAAAAACAAUAACUUAUUGCAAAAGAUUUCUGAAAUAUAAAAGUUAUGGAGUUAAAACUUUAGAUGUACCUAUAACAACGGAAGAGUUGGAAAGCGCACUCGAUGUGUGCAUAAGAAUUGUACAGAAAAAGGAUUUUGAAGAAGAAAUGGUUGAUCUAAGGAAAAGAGGCAGGGUUAAAAGGAGAAGCAAUCUUAAAUCCUUACAUCCUUUCAUUGACGCAAAUAA